AUCCUCCUCUCCUCACAUCGGACUGUUGAUUCGAUUUGGCCGUCAAUGUCGGCGAAGGAGUCCUCAAACGCCGCAUUACGUUAUCUGAACACCGGCAACACCUUACAACACGCUUUCGGUGACGUUCUCUCCUACUUCAUCCUCCUCCUUAUUGGAAUUCUCGCUUUCUCGAUCCGUAUAUUCUCUGUUAUAAAAUACGAGAGUGUUAUUCACGAGUUUGAUCCUUACUUUAAUUAUAGAGUAACUCAGUUUCUUACAAAGAAAGGAAUUUAUGAAUUCUGGAAUUGGUUUGAUGAUCGAACCUGGUACCCUCUUGGGCGUGUAAUAGGCGGAACAGUUUACCCUGGUUUGACUCUGACAGCUGGAAGCAUAUGGUGGUUGUUAAAUUCUUUAAAUAUUCCACUGUCUGUGGAGACUGCUUGUGUUUUCACUGCACCUAUAUUCUCUGCUCUUGCUUCAUGGGCAACAUACCUUUUGACUAAGGAAGUUAAGGGUGCUGGUGCUGGACUGACAGCUGCUUUUCUGUUGGCAAUGGUCCCAUCAUAUAUCUCUCGUUCUGUGGCUGGUAGUUAUGACAAUGAAGCUGUAGCAAUAUUUGCUCUGAUCUUUACUUUUGGUCUUUAUAUAAAGACAUUAAAUACUGGAUCCUUGUUUUAUGCUACCUUAAAUUCAUUAGCAUAUUUUUACAUGGUCUGCUCUUGGGGAGGAUACACAUUCAUCAUUAACCUCAUUCCAAUGCAUGUGCUUCUUUGUGUUAUAACUGGUCGUUAUUCUUCUCGAUUGUACAUCGCAUAUGCUCCUCUUGUUGUUUUGGGAACACUGCUAGCUGCUUCGGUGCCAGUAGUUGGGUUUAAUGCUGUCAUGACAUCAGAACACUUUGCAUCAUUUUUGGUUUUCAUUAUCAUCCAAGUAGUAGCUUUUGUAUACUAUAUCAAGGGGAUUCUUUCCCCCAAGAUGUUUAAAGUUGCUGUGACACUUGUUGUAUCAGUUGGCCUGGCAGUGUGUUGUGCUGUGGUAGCUGUUCUUAUUGCAUUAGUAGCUUCCAGUCCUACAAAGGGAUGGAGUGGACGAAGCUUAAGUUUGCUUGACCCAACUUAUGCAAGCAAGUAUAUACCGAUCAUUGCUAGUGUUAGUGAACAUCAACCUCCUACUUGGCCAUCUUACUUUAUGGACAUUAAUGUUUUAGCAUUCUUGGUUCCAGCUGGUAUCAUUGCAUGCUUUUUGCCUUUAUCGGAUGCAAGCUCAUUUGUUGUCCUCUAUAUUGCUACGUCUGCAUAUUUCUCUGGAGUAAUGGUACGCUUAAUGCUUGUGCUUGCUCCAGCUGCAUGCAGCACAUCUGGAAUUGCUCUCUCAGAAGCUUUUGAUGUCUUCACCAGAUCAAUCAAGUUUCAACUACCUGGAGUUAGCAAAGCUGAAAUUGAUGUAGGGGAAACUAGUUCUGCUAUUGCUGAAGAACAGAAUGUUGCUGGAAAGACAGAAAAACCUGAGGAGACAUCAAAGGAUAGACCCUCUAGGAAGAAAAAAAAGGAAAGGGAGCAUGAGGAAAAACCUACCAAAGCCAAAGCUGAGAAGAAGCGGCUUCUAGCUUUACCUUUGGUGGCAACUGUGGUUUCUCUUCUACUACUUGUCUUUCUGGGUGCUUUCUAUGUGCUUCAUUGUGUUUGGGCUGCAGCAGAAGCUUAUUCAGCCCCCUCAGUAGUUUUAUCAUACCGUGCACAUGGUCGUCUGCAUGUUUUUGAUGAUUUUAGAGAGGCUUAUGCGUGGUUGCGCCAUAAUACUGAUGUCAAUGACAAAGUUGCAUCAUGGUGGGACUACGGUUACCAAACCACUGCAAUGGCUAAUCGCACAGUGAUUGUUGAUAAUAAUACCUGGAACAAUACUCAUAUUGCAACUGUUGGUACUGCGAUGUCUUCUCCUGAAAGGGCAGCUUGGGAUAUUUUCCACUCUUUGGAUGUGAAAUAUGUUUUUGUCAUUUUUGGAGGUCUCAUUGGCUACCCCAGUGAUGAUAUUAAUAAGUUCCUAUGGAUGGUUCGAAUUGGAGGUGGUGUGUUCCCUCACAUCAAGGAAGCUGAUUACCUGAAAGAUGGUUCGUAUCGAAUUGAUUCCCAGGCGACUCCAACCAUGCUGAAUUGUCUAAUGUAUAAACUCUCCUAUUACAGGUUUGUGGAAACUGAUGGGAAAGCGUACGAUAAAGUUAGGCGGACAGAAAUUGGAAAGAAAUAUUUUAAACUCACUCAUUUUGAGGAGGUAUUCACAACUCAUCAUUGGAUGGUUCGGAUAUAUAAACUAAAGCCUCCAAAGAACAUGAUUAGAGGAAAGACAAAGAAAUCGAAACCGAAAACUAGCUCAAGAAGCAGUUCAAGAAGUGGAACCAAAAAGAAGAAUCCGUGGCACUAAGAAACACAAACAUAGAUAUUACCGGUAGGUUAUUAUUUUCCUUGGAUACAGUCAAAUUAAAUGGA